UUGAGAAGAGAUGCGGAGAUUGGCACUUGGAGAAGGAAGGCAGGUGUCCAGGGCCCCACAGCAGGUCGGUGGGCGAGCCGGGGCUAGAACCCACACCUGUAGGCACACCGCCCAUCCCUCCGGUCUGCAAAGGCGCUCCGAGGGCAACACACCCACCGGCCAUGAACUACGUGGGGCAACUGGCAGGGACGGUGUUGGGGACGAUGAAGGACAUAUACCAAGGCCUGAACCCGGCCACGCUGAGUGGUGGCAUUGACGUGCUGGUGGUGAAACAGGUGGACGGCUCCUUCCGAUGCUCGCCCUUCCACGUGCGCUUCGGCAAGCUAGGCGUCCUGCGGUCUCGGGAGAAGGUGGUCGACAUCGAGAUCAACGGGGAGCCUGUGGACUUGCACAUGAAGCUGGGGGACAGCGGGGAGGCCUUCUUCAUCCAGGAGCUGGAGAGCGAUGAUGAACACGUACCUCCCUGUCUGUGCACAUCGCCCAUCCCUUGUGGAGACCUGUCUGGGCUCCCCUCAGACUCCCAGCUGAGCACAGCCAGUGAGCCUGAGGCCAUCUCCGACGGGGUGCCCUCCACUGGGCGGAAGAAGAGGCUUCGCAGGAGGAAGCCCAGGUGGAAGGAGGGCACGGUGGCAGCCAAUUCUAGUUCGGAGGAGCUAGAGACAGGCGCUGAGAGUGAGCUGUCCCUGCUGGAAAAGCCAAGGCCAGAGCCCCCAGGCCCCCUCAGCAGCAUCCAGUCAGAAGGGGAGUCCUUACCGCAAGCCAGAGACAUCUACCCCUACUCUGAUGGCGAGUGGGGCCCCCAGUCCAGCCUCCCGCCGGGUGGGCUCACAUCCCCUAAGAGUGACUCAGAGCUGGAGCUGCGGACCCCUGAGCCCAGCCUCCCACGAGCUGAAUCCCACAUACAGUGGGCCUGGGGGAGGCUGCCGAAGGUAGCCAAAGCAGAGUGGCCUGAGUCCUCAAAGGUCGCUGAUGGCAGGGCUGGGUCAGCCUGUCCUCUUCGGGAAGAACCUGGCACCCCCUCUGCUUCUGUGGCUGGUGCGGACCCUUCGGGACCCCUAAUCCUGCAAGCAGAGGCUGGUACCGACCUUCCUCCUACUGACGCGGAGCCUCCCGCUCUGGUGGGCUCCCCUCUCCCCACUCCUGAGAGAAAGGAGACCACGCCUCAGAGCCGCAGAGAUGCAGGCCUGCCUCUUCCCUCGAAAUCCUGGAGCUGGGCCACCCUGGAGGGCCCAGUGGCUACCAGGGAGCCAGAGGGGGGCUCCAGGAGGGAAGGCUCCCUGAAGAGAAGCCAGCAUCUGGGCCCCAGUGACAUCUAUCUGGACGACUUGCCCUCUCUGGAUUCUGAGAAUGCAGCCCUUUACUUCCCCCAGAGUGACUGUGGACUGGGGCCCAGAAGGUGGAGUGAACCCAACAGCCAGAAGCCCCUGGGAGACCCCAACCCCGAACAGGAGCCAGAACCCACUCUGGACAUGGUGGAUAUGAUAGAGCUGUCCCUCUGUGGCGGACUCGCUGAGAGCCGGGACAUCUCCUUGGAGAAGUUCAACCAGCACAUCGUCUCCUACCAGGACCUCGUCCAAAACCCUGGCCUCCUUGAGCACCCAAACCUGGUGGUGAAGAUCAAUGAGAAGCAUUAUAACUGGGCUGUGGCCGCCCCCAUGAUCCUCUCCCUGCAAGCCUUCCAGAGAAACUUGCCCAAGAGCACUGUGGACAAACUGGAAAAGGAGAAGAUGCCCCGGAAGGGUGGACGGUGGUGGUUUUCCUGGCGACGCCGGGACUUCCCCGCCAGGGAGAGCAGUGCCCAGACGGAGAAAACCACAGCCCGGGAGCAGCAGGGGGAGAAGACUGAUGUCCUGAGUAGUGAGGAUGAUGCCCCAGAGAGCCCUGUGAUCCUGGACGCCCCCUCUCUGCCACCCUCGACUCCCGCCUACAAGAAGUCCCUCCGCCUCUCCUCCAAUCAGAUACGGCGCCUGAACCUGCAAGAAGGUGCCAAUGACGUGGUCUUCAGUGUGACCACCCAGUACCAGGGCACCUGCCGCUGCAGGGCCACCAUCUAUCUGUGGAAGUGGGACGACAAGGUGGUCAUCUCGGACAUCGACGGGACCAUUACCAAGUCGGACGCUCUGGGCCACAUUCUGCCCCAGCUGGGGAAAGACUGGACACACCAGGGCAUCACCAGUCUCUACCACAAAAUCCACCUAAACGGGUUCAAGUUCCUGUACUGCUCGGCACGGGCCAUUGGCAUGGCUGACCUCACCAAGGCCUACCUACAGUGGGUGAGCGAGCGGGGCUGCGGCCUCCCCAAGGGCCCCAUCCUGCUGUCUCCCAGCAGCCUCUUCUCCGCCCUCCACAGGGAGGUGAUUGAGAAGAAACCAGAGGUGUUCAAAAUUGCCUGCCUGAGUGACAUCCGGCAGCUGUUUCUGCCCAACGAACAGCCCUUCUAUGCUGCCUUUGGGAACAGGCCCAACGAUGUCACUGCCUACCGGCAGGUGGGCCUCCCUGAAUCUCGAAUCUUCACAGUCAACCCCCGGGGAGAGCUCAUCCAGGAGCUCAUGAAGAACCACAAAUCCACGUAUGAGCGGCUGGGCGAGGUGGUUGAGCUCCUCUUCCCACCUGUGGCCCGUGGCCCCAGCGCAGACCUGGCCAGCCCUGAAUACAGCAACUUCCGCUACUGGCGGGAGCCACUGGUUACUGUGGACCUCGAUGCCCUGGCCUGAACCGGCCCCAGCUGCCCCCUCCUCCCUGGCCAGGCCCCAGAACUGCCUGGGUGUUCCCAGGGAACGGGAGGUUGCAAGCUGGCUGCCACGGGGCCGGUCCACUGAAGGGAAGGAGGGGGCUGAGGGCUGACUGGCAGCCACAGAGACCCUCCCUCCUCCCUGUCCUGUCUCCUGCCUUCUCCAGCUGAUCCGCAGGAGGUGGGGCAGCCGCUCCAGGCCUCAGCAGGGCUCUGCCCAGCAGUGAAAUGAUGAUCACCUGGGCCCUUGCAGGAUUCUCCAUGCCCUUGACAUCCCUGUCCCUGUCCCCCUGGUACACUGCCUCAACUCCGGACAGCACGGAGAGGAGAGGGAGGCCUGUGAGGCUCGAGACCUGCCCACACAGGAGGCGGUUGGCGGCAGCAGCGGGGAGUGCUUGAGCAGCAUCUGGGCAGCAUGGAGCAAACCCUCUGAAGCCAGCCAGACCCUUCCAUAACCCUGGCCCCUUCCCACAGCUCUUGCGCCAGACCUCACUGCUCUCCCUUGUGCCCCAGGAUCUCAGCACACCCCAACCCUGGGUGCUCAGACAUCAAGGAACAGGGAUCCCAGGGCAGCGCAAGGGCGGAGGGAGUGUGGCUCCCCCUGGGCCUCUCCCAUACCCAGCUGCUUCUCCUGUUCCUCUGAGCACCUCCCCUGAGGACAUAGCCCCAAACCCUGCCAGUGUGGGUGGCGGUGACCUGCCCACCCUCCCUAGACUUUGCUGGUCAAUUCGGCACCCACACAGCUGCUGAGCGAGCUCUUGCCUGAGGGGCUGUAGGAAGCCGGGCUGGCAGCCCACUGCAGCCUUCCGGCCUACCGUCCUUGGGGAAGAAAAUACCUUUAGACGGGCUAAAAGCUUUAAUCCAGGCCUGCCCUCCCCCAACAGCACCACAGUGGAGGGAAGAAACCAGAAGGCAGGGCUAUAGAGACCUGGAACAUAGCACAGGAAGGCCUGUGCUGCUGAGGGGAAACUGAGGCCAGGAGCCUCAACAGAGAUGGGCAUCAGGGUCUCUGGAAACUGCAGGCCAGAUGAACACUGUUUUCAGGUUGUCAGACAUGAGUUUCUCACCACUUAGCGAACACCCAGGCGGGGCCGGGGUUGUGCUAGGAUGCUGGAAACUAGGCCUGGAGCCCUUUUUCUCCCCUGGCUUCCCGUUCAGAGUCUGGCCUCACUUAGGCCAUGACACCUACUCUCUGGAGAGAUUCCCUAACCUGGGGGGUGGGUGGGCAGGAUUUCUCCCCAGCUGGAAAGGAGAGGAGGGUGUGGGGACCAGAGGCCCUGAAGCAUCUUUGGGAAAGAGAAGGAAAAGAAUAAACUGAGGUGGGUCUCUAAACAGCGGGUCCGGACCCUGUCUUUUUCUCAGGGAAUCUACAGCUGCCUAAGUAAGCCCUCACCUGAGGGGAGGGUCGAAAGAAAUAAAAAACCUCU